AUGGCUGAAUUAGAACCUACUCAGGCAAGACAUGUUGUCUAUUGUGGAGUCUGCACAUUACCCCCCGAGUACUGCGAGUUUGGAGGUACCGCGAAGAAAUGUGAAGAGUGGCUUAAGGAAAACGAGUCGGAUGCCCUGAGCGCCAACCUCUCUACCCUCUCCGUCUCAGCCCAAGAACGUGCCGCCAAAGACGCCGCCAAGAAGGAGGCCAAAGCCGCCGCCAACGAGGCACGCGAUAGCGAGCGCAAGGCUGCCUCCAAGAUUCAGAUCAAGCGUGUCGAACGUAACAAGCGCAAGUAUGUGACGGUCGUGAUUGGACUGGAGGUCUUCGGACUGGAGAACAAGAAGAUCGCAAAGGAUUUGGGCAAGAAGUUUGCUACAGGCUCUUCAGUGACCCGCUCCCCCGCCGGUAUUGAGGAGAUCACCGUUCAGGGUGAUGUCAGUGAUGACCUGCGUGAAUGGCUCCUCGAGAUCCACGGCAAGAAGAUCCCCGCGUCUAAUAUCGAAUUGAUUGAAGACAAGAAGAAGAAGAAGAGCGAGGGCCCAAUGGUAUAA